UCGAGGAAGAUAAAACGGUAUGUGAACGUGUAAAAAUGUCUGUAGAAUUCCAUAAUUCGAUCGAGGAAGUGCAAUUAACCGAGAAUAAUGAAGAAAAUGCAGAUAAAAAUGUCCUUUCGUGUGAAUUGUGUAAUGUUAAAGUCACCAGUGCGAAAAUCCUUCAGCGCCAUUUGGAAGGACGAAGACAUAAAAUGAAGGAAGAGAGAAAAGGAAAAACGUUCGUUUGUGAAUUGUGUGAUGUUGUCGCAAACAGUGAAAUUCAACUAAACAUCCACUUGAACAGUAUCAAACACAAAAAUAAACUGAUGAAAAAAGAAAAUAACUUCAUUUCGGCCUCGACAGGAACCGCUGGUUUAUGGAUCUUGUUCUUCUGUGUUAUUUGUAUUUUUAUUAACUUAUUGUUGCUGUUUAAAGUGAUUUGCCAGUAGUUUUGUUCAUUGUUACCAAAUUUGUAUUUACCAUUAAAUUGUUGAAUAAUUAAAA